AUGCCACUGGGGGGAGCUCAAGUGCGACCACAAUUUCAAGCUGGGGACCAACUUGAGGUAGAGCUUGACGGUUGGAGUCUUGGGAGUGUUGCCAGAGACAAUGGCAACCAGACAUUCGACAUCCAAUUCGACGGGUAUGGACGGCUUGGUCUCAAUUUGCCCAGAGACCGCAUAUGCAGUGUUUUCGAGAAGAGCAACCCCGGUCGAGACCUGAUUGCUGGACAGCGUGUGAAGGUUGUGGAGUUCGGGAAGGCCAGAUUCGUUGCUGAAAACAAAGACGGCACCUACCGUGUGCACAUGGACGGGGAGGAAGAGGCCUGCGAUGUGGAAGUGGAGUUUGUGCGGUCGGGCCUGUGCGACCGAUCCCCUGAGCCAGAGCCGAAGAGGAGGCGCACAGACGCAGACUGCGGACCGAAUGCCUGCUUUGCCACAAUUUUCGAUGGUGCAUUGGGAUCUUUGUUGAGGUCCUUCCUUUGUCCCUUUGAUGUGUUCUACUUAAACUUCAUAAGUUCAAGAAGCAGAUCGGACCAGAUGUUCCUCCUCUUCCACUUGAGAUCUGCCUGCCGAGCGUGGCAAAAAGCAAUGCAUCAGCAUCUCUUCCCAUGCCUUGAUGCUGCGUGGAUGGCCAAGGAGAAGGCCAAACUCCAGAAGGAGGAGGAGGGGCUCGAACCGAAAAGUCGCCAUUGGUCAAUGAGUUUGCACAACAGGAAGGAGCCUGACCGAUACAAUGCAGGAGCCUAUCGUUUUCUCGAUGAACGGGUUCGUGCAGGCUUGAGCCAAUUCAGCGGCGUCGGAUUUCGCUGUAGCAGACGUGAGCCGUCCUUGCUCGUGACAGGAGCUGCUGACUCACGGUUCAAUGGCUUCUACAGGCAUGGGCCUGGGUCCCACAGGCAGGUGUUCCACAAUCGUCUGACCGGUGCAGUGCUCUACCAUUCACUUGCGGCAUGCUCAUGUGCAGAUGGAGUGGAGGGCCACACAACUCAGUGGUGCAACGGCAAGUGGAUCAUGGGCAUGGGCAAGUCUAGCCAGAUUGUCAGCAAGUCCAAGUGGGAGGACAUCAAUGGAAAGUAUCGAGUUGUCGACAUCGUGAAUGAGCACCACAAGUACAUCAACGAGCAUGGUGCCGUGAUGUAUUGGAGCGAGUACCGUUGGCGCAUCAAGCUCAGUGAGUUGUCGCCUGAGCCAGUGUACACGUCCGGAGUAUCAAGUGACCUAGAUCAAAGCGCUCCACGUGGAGUUUGGGUCAAGGCCGAUCCUAGAGGUAGAGCUCAGGGGGUUCUUGGCAACCCCACGCCUGAUGACGACACAUGCUUAGUAGAGUGCCUGCAUGAUGACUGCGUCUUUUCGACCAGCUCUUCCCGAAAUGCAAAGAGUGCUCACGCUCUACUGCCGCCACUGGACGAGAGGUGGCAUUCUCUUUUGGGCAGCUCUCACAUCGUGAUCCAGGAGCUGGGGAGCGUGACUCCAUGUUUGCCUAGCAUUCGGAGUGGGCUUUGGGCAAGAGAUGCGGAGACCCGCAGUGCGGCACUGGAAUGCCUUGCAAAGCUCUGCCCUGAUGAAAACACCUUCGAGGAAGUUAUCGAGUUCACAUCCGAUGAAAGCUCAAGAGUUCGAACUACUGCGACCAGGCUCAUCUCUGCUCUUGCCACGAAAGACCUCACCACGAAGUAUCGUGUGGCUACCAUCCUUGCAGAGUCCUGUCUUCAGCGCCGCCCAGACUUUGACACCUGUGGUUCAGACUCGCGUCGCUCUGCACUCGAUUGCCUCGUUGACUUGGGCAAGAAGGGCUUUGUGCCGAAGAAAGGGAUUCUGACGCUCCUGUACCGCUUGAGUCGACAGAGGGCAAGUAUGCAUGAAGCCGUUUUGCAGUACUUGCCGCAAAUUGCCUCAAGAGGCGAUGAGAGCGCCAGGGACAGCAUUCUGCACAUCUUGGAAGCUGCCAAGGGUGUCGAGAAGAAAGGUGCUGCAUUGAAGGCGCUUUCUCUCGUUGCGAGCAGAGGUGAUUCCAAAGCUGUUGCUGCAGUGCUUCCGUUUUGUGGCGGUCGAACGAAGAUAUCGUUUUGGAGUGGCAAGUCAGACCGCAGCGAAGAGGUACGAAGUGAUGCGAUUGAGGCGCUCGGAAAUCUCUGUGAAGCUAGUGAUGAUGCCGCAAUUCGCACCAUCAUCGAAGGUUUCGGGGACCAGUGGCAUUGCGCCAUAUCUGCCGCAAACAGAGCAUUGCAUGCUGUGGCUGCGCAAGGUACAGCAACACUGAAGGUGGUCGUUCUUGAGUUCCUUGAGCAUAAGGACUGCGGUGUUCGAAGGCAAGCUUUCUCUCUAGCAAGACAGUAUAUCGGUUUGGCUGAUUCCGGCGUUCAAUCUUACUUGCUGAAGGCACUCAGUGGUGCAGACGCAGAUCUACGAUUGGAUUGCGUUCAGGCCGUGACACUUGCGGCAGGUGGGACCAAGGAUACAGAUCGUCUGAGUCUGAAGUUUCGGCAGACCUGUCGAUCAGCAGUGCUCGGCAUGCUCAGUGACACGUCUGUGUUCGUACGCUUUGCCGCUAUCACAGCCACGGUGCGGCUCUCCGAAAGAAAGGAUCAAGAAGCCGCGACAGCGAUCAAGCGCCGGUUGCGAGAUCGGCAGCCAUGUCUUCGAAUCCAAGCUAUCAAGGGUUUGCAAGCCCUGGACAUGUUGAAGCAUCCAGACACAUAUCCUGCUGUUCUCUCUCGCCUCGAUGACGAGUGCCUGGACGUUCGGCAUGCAGCUGCAGCCUUUGUGGCUGCACAGUGGUGGCCACCGCCAUGCAUGUGCUCCUUCUGCGACUCUGAAAUCGAGUGCCAACUUGGCAACGACACCAUGGAAGCUGACCUGCACGAGUUCAUGAAGUACUACGAAGGUAGAUACAUACACCAGGAGAUCGACAGGGCAACAGUACAGCUGGUGCCGGUCGUCAAUCCCAACUACCUGAUGUUUGUGGAUUCAGCUUGUUUGGAAGCUCUCCGCAAGGCACAAGAUGGAAGCGACAUCUCUCGUGAUCUCAUACAGAAAGGCUUUUGGGAUGCAGAGCAGCUGCCUGACUCAUGCCUCCUCCUUGCCGUGGACAUCCGGGCAAUUCAUCGAAGUCUUCUGCAGAAUUGGGCGCCCGACACCUUGGGUCCUGCUCUGGUGAAAGCCCGCGACUUGUUCGAAGCAUGCCGCGGAAGUGCCACUGCGAGUGCCACGGAUGAUUUUGAUAUGAAGCCGAGUCGACUUCGAGAGCUUCUCGCAGAUAAUCCGCUUGGACUGCAAGAAGAGCUUGAAGAAGAGGAGCUUGUCUUUGAUGACGUCGAAGAGUCUGGAGAGGAAGAAACGGCAGAUUUUGAUGACAUGGACAUGGAUGUUGGCUUGGAAGAUGAGAUGGGGUUUGGAAUGGAAGGCGAAGGGAGUUCAUCAGAAGGAUGA